AUGUCUAUCCCGAACCAAGCGCUUGAAAAGCUGAUUCGAGAAAUCGAAAGCCAAGCCAUCGUGGCCCAGCAGCAGAUUGGCCAGGCACGCACACAAAUGACGGCAAAGCAACGAGAAAUGCGUAUGGUCCGUCUGACGCUUGAUGAGGUUUCCACCUUGCCCCCGAAUUUGAACGUCUACGAAGGUGUCGGCAAGAUGUUCGUCGCGUUGCCCACCCCGCAGCUUACACAGAAACUGGAGGGCCAAAUCAAGGAUAGGGAGGGCGAGGUUGAGAAGCUGAGCCAGAAGCUGCACUACCUGGAGACCACGUACAAGAACAGCCGGCAGCACAUUGACCAGAUGCUCAAGGCGCAGUCAUGA